UCAGUCUGACUAGGAAGUAAACACAGCGAAGUGAAAGUAGUGUGUUGCAAAAUGUUUGCUGUCAAGUGUUUUCCCUAAUUUGAAGUGAUAUUUCCUGUAUAAAUGCUUUAAAAUGGAAAUUUAUGUCGCAAUUUCCGAUUUCACACCACCGAUUGUGGACGGUUCUCAAAAUAUCCUGCAGUUUGAAAAGGGCGACCAAUUUGAGAUUUUUGACUGCCAUAAAACUGAUGCGGACUGGUGGGGUGCCAGGGCACUGAAAACGAAUACAGUAGGAUAUGUACCGUCUAGAUACAUGCAGUAUGAGGAAAGGAGAGUAGGAAAGUUACUGCCCAAUAAUUACAAGAGCGAGAAGGAGUGUUCGUUAAAGAAGUUAACUGCCAUACAGAACGACCCAAACCAAAAAUCCCCAGACCAACUGAUGCCAGAAACUCCUGUUCCUGAUUAUGAGGAGGCUGCAACGCCAGAAAACCAGAAUGUUUUCACAUUUGCAAAAAAAUUUCAGAAAAUUUUAACAAAUAUUCAAAAGAUAGAAGACAUGUACAGUGAACAGGAGGAGCCAGAGCCCGACUACCACGAUGAGGCUGACUCCGCCUUACAGGAUGAACCAGUGCGUGGGCGUGCGGAGCGGUCAUCAUCACAGUCGUCAGAGAACGGGCAGACUGGGUCUCGGAAACCACAGAACCCUUGCAUUGAGUCACCUACCAGGAUGGCGCUACACAAGGAACUGCUGCUCAACUAUAAACGGGGCGUGAAUGUCCUGGAGAAGCCGGAGUUAAACAAGGUGCUACAGAACCGACGGGAGACGCAGAGACGGAAGGAGUGGGAUGACCAAAAGAAAAUGUCGACUAAGAGGACAAGCUUCGAAAUGAAACUGGAGGAGCGCGCUAACAGGAUGAAGGAGGAUGAGAUGAGCGCUAUCAAUGAAGAACCGACCAAGGAUCAGCCAGAGUUCCAGAAAAUCUUCACGAAAAUCAAAUCCAAGUCAAACGGGGCCGUAAAGUGAGGGCGUGGUCUGACACUUUCAACCGUGGAUAUCAACUCCCAGUGCUUUCAACCUCAUUGUUAUGUAUUUAUCAUUUAUUGUUAAUGUUGUCAAAGUUUUAUUGUAGGUAAUUCAAAUGGAGCAUAUUUUAAGAGGGUACCGUAAGUGCUUUAGUUGUUUAGGCUUAUGAAUGGUGAGAUUGAAUAUCUAAAUGUUCCUGAUGCUGAUUUUAAAAGGGCUACUGUUGCUAGCAGGCUUUUUUGAGAGCAGUGUGAUGUUUAAGACAAUAAUGUAAUCAAAUGUGUAUGUAUUGUUGAAAUGAAAUUCUUAUUUUUUUAUAAAGGGUCUAUCAUUAAAUUAGGAAUUUCUGUUUAGUUUGAAACAUGUGUCUGGUUUUUUCUCUGUAUGGCAGCUUUGUAAUAAAGUUAUUGAUAUUAAUUGUUGUGGCAUUUUAGUGAAAAAAUAGUUUGAAUUGAAUACCAUUUUUGAAUGUAUACCUCUUCUGUUUUAUUUUGGAUUUUGCCAAAUCAAUAACUGAGAUUUAAAUAUGUAAGCCCUAUUUUGUGUAACUAGUUUGAGCCAAACAUCUAUGUUGUAGUGUCAGCUAGGUGUUAUCUGUGGGCUGUAUUCAAUGUAAGCUUUAUUAAGCUUUAUGUCUUGUUAAUAUUUUGUGACACUUAUGUCUUGUCUAUCAACAGCUACAUGUAUGUUACCUUGUCAUAAAACAACAUUAUGAUUUGUCAGCCAAAUGUGAUUUGUCCUCAAGAAAAGAUAGACAUUUGAUCAGGGAAAAAGGCUAUAAAAGUGGGAUGGUUUUCUUGUAUAGAAUAUUCUGCAUGCAUGUAUGAAAUAAGUAAAUUUUUACAAUUGAUUUACGCAAAUACAAGGUUUUUCUCAUCUAGGCAACGGAUGAUCAUUCUGUAAAUAUUCAUGAACGCUCGUUUUUCCAUACAAUGACGUCAUCACUCAGGUAUCUUGCACUAUCAAUAUUUUCGUUCAUUUUCUUUGUUUGGUAGAAAUCAAAAUUUAAGCCUGAAUCAGAUCAAAUAAAGUCUACCUGAGUUUGUGGAAGCAAUAUACGCUGUUUUUCAUUUAUUUCUCAAAAUCAUGUAAAUUUAUUUCAGCAUAAUAUAUACAAAACAAAAGAUAAUCUAAAUGUUCCAUUUGCGACAGCCAUAUUUUUCCUCAUCUGUAAAUAGUUUAUCACACAGUAAACUAUUUAUGCCAGUAUAUUUCAUAAACAUAAUACAGUCAUCAUAAAUAAUUGAAAAUGUUCAAUCUAGUGAACUUUACUGAUUUUAUUAUGACAAGUCACAAGAAGUGAACGUUUUUCACUGAAAUAAUCUGCUUGCUGAAGCUAGUUUUAAUGUUAGCUGUUUUGCUAGAUAGGAUAGGCCAUGCAAAGAUAUUUUUUCAGCAGUAAGUAGAUUUUAAAUGCUAGUAAUUAAGUUUUCUCAUGAUGUUUUUACCAGGGUAUAAGAUGUAUGAAUUGUGUUCAUAAACCUAGCUAGAUACUAAAUUACAUGACAGAUUUUCCAUUGUUUUGCUCUACGUCUUUUGUCUAUACAAUGUACUCAUGAUUCAUUUAGACAUCAGGGUUGUUUAAGUGUGUUUCAAGUUUCUGAAAAAUUAACAUAGAUUCACUUUUGGUUUACCAGUAUAUAUUAGUGUAUUGGAGACUUAAACAUGGUUUAAGGUCAGUCAGAGCCUGGCGACCACAUUAAUUUGAUACCGGGUAAUUGCAUGUUAUGAAACAUAAUUGUGUUAAUUCACAGGCCCUAGUGUCAAAACCAAUCAUGUCUAUAUUUCAUGUAUAUAAGUCCAACUUCUUGAAUCACAUUUCAUUUCUGUUAAAGGCUUUUUAAUCUCAGACAUCUAGUUAACAACUGCAGAAUGUGUUUCUCCAUGUUGACUGCCAUGUGCUAUAGAUGUUAAUUGCUUUCUUUAUUAAUUACAUGUUGGAUUGAGGUUCUAGUUGUUUGUUUUUUUUCUAGAAUUAGAACGAGGAACUAAUGUGUUGUUGUACUGUAUGGUCUCAUAUCUUAUUGACAUUACAAAUUACAUAAAGGUUUUUAUUUUAGCUGGUCUUACUUGUUUGUUUCGACCUAUUUUCAUGUAAAUAUGACAUUUCAGUUCAACUUGACAUAUUCGACACUGAUCUUUAAUGCAGUGUACAUUGCCAGAUGUGUUUUUAGGUAAAACUAGUAACAUGCUUUACGGUAACUGAUAAAGAUCUAUUUUGUUAUUUGAAACCCAUUGUUUAUUUCCUUUAGUAAAUAAUGUUAUACCCAUAUUGGAGCACCAUUCGAGGUAAACUAGUCAUACCACAAGAAAAUUUAGAAGAGUGGAUUUCAAUAAAUUAAACACGAUAAAGCAUUUACUUGCAUCAUUCACUUAAAAGUUCUCAAGUGCUAGUAACUUUGCUCUUAAAAAAAUGUUAGCAAUCAAUUUUUCAAAAUUGCAAGGAGGUCUUCAUGAAAAGAAUGUUCUAUACUAAAGGUAAUCUAACCCUCAAGGCCCAAAUACUUAUGGCCAUCUGUCCAACAAGGCGUUUUGGGAGCAUUUCUUUGACAGAUCUAGUUUAUGUCAACAUCUGAGGAACAAUUUGAAAAAUGCAUUUGAAUGCUCUAUUUCAGGUUGAAAUGGCUAAAUCUUUCCUUGCGAACGACCUCAAGCCCCAAUCAGCUGAUUAACCAUGUAUUGAUUGAAUUUUUCGGAAGAGGGCUUACUUUUUUAGUUACGCUCCCAAAUAGCACCACUUCUACUGCCAAUUCCAAAUACACCCCUGCCUACCACAAACAUGCCCCCAGAUUAGUGAUAUACCAGUAUUUGUUUGUUACUUUGAAAAUGUUGUAACUAGUGUAAACCUUAAGCAUAUCACUUUACAUCGAACUUUUCAUAAAAUCAGAUUUAUAAAGAUCUGUAUUUUUCUACAUAUUUAUCCACAUAUAUGUCAUCAAACAAUUCUGUCUAGAUGAUAGUACAAGCAGUUGAUCUUUAUUUUGAAAGAUCUGAUUAGAAUAUUACAGCAGAAGGAGAAAUAAUAGGAAUGGUUUUCAAAUAAAAAUAUUUCUUCAGCUCCGUUUCUUUAUGAAGUAUUAUUAUCAUCGUUAAUUCGGUCAGUGGAUUCUACAGCAUUAUAUAAGGUUUAUGACCGGUGUACACUUAUGUCAACGAUAUAGUACAUGUAAAAUAUUUCAAUUUAUCAUGCAUGUCCUGUGUAUAUUGUAUUCUUAAUAACCUUAUUUUAUUGCUGUAUUUAGUGUCUAAAUAGUGUAAAAUGUUGUUACUGUCAUUCUUUAUGAUGUAUGUCAAUUAUCUUUAAUUAUAAAACAAUAAUAAAACUGUCCAUAAACUGUCAA